CGGUGUCCGCUGACACAACGGUUGUUUUGGAGGAAGUGAGAGAGCAGCGCCUCGGCUGCGGACUGGGUCAGCGCGCGGGCUCGUGUGUGUCACGGAAACAAAGAAAAUCGUGAAAAAGAGAAAGGAAAAUACAGUCAUAUAGUUCCAGAGACUACUCUGCCGAUUGUUUUGCUUUUAAAACGUGUUAACGUUAUAAGCUGGUUAGCUAGCUCGUGGCAGCGGAAAAGACCAUAGCUAGCCGUAAUCAUCUGUAUCUGCAAGCUUUAACACGAUGACAUCCAGAAAGAAAGUGCUACUCAAAGUCAUUAUUCUUGGGGACUCGGGUGUUGGCAAGACUUCGCUGAUGAACCAGUAUGUGAACAAGAAGUUUAGCAACCAGUAUAAAGCUACCAUAGGAGCUGACUUCCUAACAAAGGAAGUGAUGGUGGACGACAGGCUGGUCACUAUGCAGAUAUGGGACACAGCCGGUCAGGAGCGAUUUCAGUCACUGGGCGUUGCCUUCUACCGCGGAGCAGACUGCUGUGUGCUUGUGUUUGACGUCACUGCACCCAACACCUUUAAGACCCUGGACAGCUGGAGAGAUGAGUUCCUGAUCCAGGCCAGCCCGCGUGACCCGGAAAACUUCCCCUUUGUAGUGCUAGGAAACAAAAUUGACCUGGAGAACAGGCAGGUGACGACCAAGCGAGCGCAGGCUUGGUGCCAGAGUAAGAACAACAUCCCCUAUUUUGAGACCAGUGCCAAGGAGGCCAUCAAUGUAGACCAGGCCUUCCAAACCAUAGCACGCAAUGCUCUGAAGCAGGAGACAGAAGUAGAGUUGUACAAUGAGUUUCCGGAGCCAAUAAAACUGGACAAGAACGACAGGACGAAGGCUUCGGCAGAAACGUGCAGUUGCUGAGUGGGGCCUUUGCAGCUGUUCAGGUCUCCUAUGACCUCCUCAAAUCCUCCCCGUGCCCUCUGAAAGCCCUGAGUCCAUAACAGUUCUUAGCCUGUUUCUCCCUUGCCUUAUUGGCCCUCAUCACCUGAAUCCAUCAUCACUGGCCAGCAGGAGUCAUUCAGUAUGGUGGUAGACGAGAGUUGACUUCCUUUUUUCCGAUGUACUGCAUGCACGCACGCACGCACACACACACACACAUACGCACAUUUUGUUUUCAUAACAGACUUUCCUAUUAUUUCAGAAGUCUUAGUGUCCCCUUACCACCUAAGAGACGUACAGUUCCUCCUCGCUCUCUGACAUUUAGCCAGAAGGAGCUUAUGUUACCUAACAAGUGGGAUUAAGAGCUUCAGGAGAUAUUUUACUUAUAAGCAGUACAUUUUGUCGACUUUGUCAAGCCAGCCUUGUUAUAACUUGAGCUGUUUUGCUAAUUUACUUUACAAAAUGGCUAAGGUUUCUAUUAUAUGACUUAAAGUAAGUUAUUACCUAGGCAGUCAUUAACGUUUUAGUUUUCCUGCAAAUUAGUUUAUCAGCCAAACAAAAGCAUACUGAUUGUGUUUGCACCUUUAUUUUGUAUUUCGCCUACAGUUUGGUUCACACCUGCUCUUCGAUAUUGACAAAAUUUUCAUAAGCAUUGUGUGUUGGACAGUGAGCUGACACACUUCCUGACCUACUGGGCACCAGUCACAUGAAACCACAAAGCACUUAGCAUUGGGGGCAGCAGUGGGGGCUCAGUCCCAUCUCUGUGGGGGCUCAGUCCCAUCUCUGUGGGGGCUCAGUCCCAUCUCUGGCCUCCUCUUCACCCUCUUUACGGCUAACUCUGCUUCUUAGACUGAAUUCACAGGAAAAAUCGCACCGUGAGCAGAUGUCACCAGGCCUUUUAAAGUUAAACGUAGAAACUGCUAUGUAAUUUAUUCUUAGGAUGUUAAUACUACUUUUACCGCUACUGAUACUUUUGCGAAGCGUUAUUUUGCCUAACUGCAUGUUUCCCAUCAUUUCCAUGCUUCCACCUGAUCGUCUGCAGGUGCUUCAGGCUGGAAAAAUCUUUUGUUAUAUUACUUUUAACCAAUCAGAUACAAGUUGUGUGUUCAUGUACAGUACCGUGUUUAGAAAUUUCAUUACAUUUUGGGAAGUGGUGGAAUGCUGUACUGAAACAGGAAUGGAUAUUUAAUCCCUAUAAAAAUCUUGUAAGUACUCAUUCUGGCAUUAUUAAUUUAACAAUAAUGUAUUCAAGAAAUAAGAUACCGAUUGUUUUCAGAAUAUUUGGGUUAUAAAGUAAUAAUGAUAAUAAAAGGUUCUUGAAUUAAA